AGCGGGGUGGAGUGCGCCUGAGGAAACAUAUCCCAGACACCACCUGGGGUUAGUCUUUCUGAGCCCUUCACAUCUCUAAUUCUCGUCAUUGUCAUGGAGCCCAACAGUCCCAAAAAGAUACAAUUUGCUGUGCCUUUAUUCCAGAGUCAGAUUGCACCUGAAGCAGCUGAACAGAUCAGGAAAAGAAGACCUACACCAGCAUCACUUGUGAUUCUCAAUGAACAUAACCCCCCAGAAAUAGAUGACAAGAGAAUGACCAACACACAAGCAGAAUCACAGAAUGCAUCCCCUAAGCAAAGGAAGCAGAGCGUGUACACACCACCCGCCAUGAAAGGGGUUAAGCAUAUGAAAGGCCAGAAUGAAUCAGCAUUCCCCGAAGAAGAAGAAGGCGUGAACGAGAGAGAAGAGCAGUGGGACCAUUAAUAACGGGUCUGCAGCAAGAAGUCUUCUUGGGAAUAACUGAACUAUUAACUUUUCUGAAUAUCCCAUGGAACACCACUGCUUGACUUCUAUCUCUGCUCUCCACACUCACAAAGUAGUAAUACACCUCCUGGGAAGCGCCCCUUGAUGGAACUUUAGAACUACCUACAGAUUGUUCCAUAUUACUUACAAUUAAAAAAUAAGUAUUUAUUUUACAACAGUGAUUUUCUUUUUAACAACAUAGAAAUUUGCAAACAUGUGAGUGUUCUAACUUUAAUACUGCCCAGUUUAAUCCCUGAUGCCCUACUGCUAAGAUUUGCCUUCUAAUGUCAAAUGUAAAUAGCACCACUUUAAAAGUAAAAAAUAAAUAUUAAAUACAUUUAGACAUGAGUGUGUGUCUGGGUUUAACUUACAGAGGAAUGUUUAAUGA